AUGCGACCAGCACAAUCAGAGUUGUUCGGCUCACAGAGAAGUGAGCGAGACAAUCGCCAUCCCUGGACCACGGAUUCACCCCUGAUGCCACCAAAUUCGAGUAUUCGAGGGAUGCGCUCUGAAGAUUCAUGGAUCGAGAUCUCAUCUCGUCCUUCGUCUUCAUCCUUAUCAUCCACGAGCAAUGACAUUAUUACUACCGGACUUCAGAUUCGACCCCACGAUGACCGAAGAUCUCGACCGCUUCAACCAUCCCCUCAUACCUCCACAUCACAGCCACGUUCAACAAGCACUGCCGGAAGCAGUCAGGAUGAAUAUGAAGAGAGUGAGAGUGAAAGUGAUCGCGUCCUGAGUAGUUCCAACGAAGACAUCUAUCAAGAUGGCAACGCGGAUGAUGAUGAGACCUCAACGGCGCUGGGCGCUGGCAGCUUGGACAAGGCAUUUACUCCACAACCAAAUGCAUUUACACAUCCACCAUCGUCCCAAACGGGACCUAUACCAGGCUCAUACUUUCCACCGGCCCCAUCUUUGGCAGCAUCUGGACCAUCUGAUGAUCGGACGCUAGCACAAAGAAGUUAUCCACGACAUCAUCAGUCACGGAAUCGACCUGCCACAUCAUCCUAUCAACCUGACCAUGAUGCUGCGCUUCGUGCUUCAUUGACUACUUUACUCUCCUGUGCCGCUGCAGUUCGACCCAAGGGCCCCGAAACCCGGACACCAGCAACACGAACGUCAACGCAACCCACGGCAUUGCGAUUGGUUCCGGAAUCGGAAUUUGAGAAGCCCGUCCGGCGCCGAAGAACUCCAUCUCCACAACAAGCAAAACGGAAGUCACGCGAGUCCAGCAAAGAACGACAUGCGAAGAAGGUCCGCGCCGCCAAAGCAGCAGUGGCCAAUGAAGAAUUGAUUAGUCCGACUUUGGCUUCAUGGAUGAUUUCAGCUGGCGUGGUUCUUGUGUUUUCCGCCAUCAGCUUCAGUGCCGGAUACGCCUGGGGUCGUGAAGUAGGUAGAUUGGAAGGGGAAAUGGGCAUCACCAGUGGCAACUGUGGACGCGAGGCUUUACGCGGCAGUGGAAGUAGCUUGAGGCGAUUGCGGUGGAGUUCGGCAACGAGCAGCAUCAGCGCAUAA